AUGGAUGACAGUGAAGCGGACAUACAGUCUAAUGAAUUGCAAUUUGUUUGGGAAGCAAUGACACCUGAACUUCAGGUCAACGUUCCAAACUCUGAAGAGUAUCAGUCGACUAACACGGCAUUUCCGGUUUUUCAACAACAGUCUAUCCAGAAUGAAUAUCAAGAACAGAAUCAGAGUCAUUCGACGGAAGUAGCAGAUAACGACACCUUGCUAUCAUCACCAAGCAAUGGGAUUUAUCUAUCUCCAGACAAUGAUUCUCGACGUGAUAGUGUUCGGAGCAUGAGCGUUAUCGGUGAUAAUGGAAUACGUAUAAAGCAAAAUAUCAGACGUAAUGGUACACUUCCAAAUUUAUCAAAAGGUACUUCAUCGCUUACACAUCAUCAGCCUUUUUUGCAUAAUUAUCUACAGGUACCACAGUCUCGUACAUCACAGACAGCUCGAUCCAAUUCUUCAGUUGCCAGUAUGCAGUCGGAUUUAGAAUCUUGUUUGGGCGAUGCACAAUUUUCAAACGAUCUUAUUGAAGGAAAAGCCAUCGGUUUGCACUCAUUUUUUUCUUCCGUUUUUCCUCAGUUACCAGUGCAUUGCUUUUUCCACUGCAGUUUUCAUCUCACACCUGUCAUGCUUCAUCUCAGAGAAUGUACAGAUGAGAUCUUUUAA